AUGGCUUCCCUCCUCCCAACUCACCCUCCUCUACUUCAUCAUCCUAGCGGUUCUGCACUUGCUGCCGUUCCAAGCGGCCGCUUCCGUCAACCAUCCUCCUUCAACCCGGCUCUCUCCUCCAUCCACAGGACAAAGGCAGGCUUUUCAUCCUCACAACAUGAAUUAGCUUCUCCUGCUGAUUUUGAAUUUGAGGCCCCUCUUAAAGUAUUGAAAUAUCCCGACCCAAAACUAAGGAAAAAGAAUAAACGCAUUGCAACCUUUGAUGAUAGUACAAAGAAACUUGUCCAUGAAAUGUUCGACGUAAUGUACAAGACUGAUGGUAUUGGCCUCUCAGCACCCCAAGUAGGGGUUAAUGUUCAACUUAUGGUUUUCAACCCGGUAGGUGAACGCGGUGAAGGAGAAGAAAUAGUUCUUAUAAAUCCAAAAGUUAGAAAAUACUCAAUGAACCGGACACUAUUUAAUGAGGGUUGUCUAUCUUUCCCCGGCAUUAAUGCUGAUGUAAAGCGACCAGAAUCCGUGAAGAUUGAUGCACGUGAUGUCAAUGGUGUACGGUUUUCAAUCAAUAUGUCUGGCCUUCCAGCACGAAUAUUCCAACAUGAAUUUGACCAUCUCGAGGGAAUCCUUUUCUUUGAGAGAAUGACAGACGAAGUUCUUGAUAGUAUUCGUGCACAGUUACAGGCCCUUGAAAUGAAGUAUGAGGAAAUGACUGGAUUCCCAAGUCCUGAAAAGAUAGAAAGUCGCAGGAGAAGAAAGGCUGCGAUUGGUUUUGGGAAAUCAUAA